AACGGAACAAUUUCUGAGAAGCAAGUGAACGGUCUCCCUGCAAACAUCACACCUAAUGGACUGGAGACAGACGUGAAAAGUGACAUCACAGUCCAUCAGAAUGAGGAGCCUCAGUCUCCAGAGCCCCCAACAGAAACCACUGAUGGUACAGCCGUCGAACCCGAGGCCCAAUCUGCCGCCACCCGAGAGGUUUCUGAAAUCCUGGACGUGGCCUCUGAAAUCCUGGAGGAGACCUCCAGCGUGGAACUGGUCAAGAAGGGAAAAGAGUCGAAGCGUCGCGUUUUUGGCAAACUGUUCAAAAAGAAAGCGGCUGACGAUGAGACGGUGAAAGAAAAAGAAAAGCAGAGCUCGAGUGAGGAUCAGCUGAACGUGGGUCAGGUUCCCCCUGAUCCUCAGCAGGUAACUCCUAAAACACCCAAAAAGGAGGCAGCUGCUCCCGAUGCCACAAAAGAUCAGCCCCUGAAGGAGACCCAACCUGCAGCAACCACUACUGUUGCACAAAUAUCUGAAGUCCCUGCAGUACCAAAGGGAAUGCCUGCCCCACCACCGCCUCCUCCAGAACCACCCAAACUGGAAUCCAAAGGAGAAUCGACAACCAAACCUGCAAAACCAGCAACUAAAGAAGAAYCAAAAGAUCCUGAGGCCUCAAAAGGAAAAUCAGCUAAAAAUACUUUGAAUAAAUUCUUCCGUCCAAAGACAAUCAAGGAUUCUCCACAGCCAACWAAUGAAGUAGAGAUACAACCAGGUGUAGACAUCCAGGAAACAUCAGUAGACGUCUCAAAGCCUGUUGUAGAAGUGCAGAUUGAUAAGGUUGAACUUAAGGAGGCUGCUGUGGAGGUGGUACAACAAGUUCUUGAAGUGGAGAAGGUGGAUCCUUCAAAAACUGGCACCUUGGAGGCGGCGGCGAAGCCAGAACCGCCUCCGACGGUUCAGGAAGAAAAGAAAGGCGCCUCAAAAUCAUCCUUCGUCUCUCUCUUCAAGUCCAAAGUACUGUUAGAUCACAUGACUACAAAAGUCCAAGCAGCUUCCAGCAGUGGAGUUCGCCUCCUCAGGAAAACUGCAGGCCUGGCAGCUGAGCCCAAGAAGACGACUGCAGCUCCGGCUGCAGCAGCGGAGGCAGCUCAGGCGGUUAAAGUCAAGGAGGAACCCAAAGCUGCAGCCAAGUCUUCAGAUGUAGAAAACAAAGGUGUCUCUGCAGCCUGUCAGGCAGCAGACAACACAGCCAGCCCCCCCAAGAAACUGGAGAAGAGGAACUCCAUCCAGCUGUUCUUUAAAACCCUGGUACAGACCCUCCUCCUGCUCCUCCUCCUCCUCCUCCUCCUCCUCCUCCUCAUCAGUCCCUCCUUUGAGUUACUUUAACAUCUUUUUCCAGUUCUUCCAAAAUAAAAGUAAAGAAAUGAUGUUGGGUAGAUUCAGGAAAGUGAAAAGAAAAACUUUUAUGUUGAAACAGAGAAAAUCUUCAGAUGUUUUGAUCUCAUAAACAUCUUGAUAAAUGCAGUUAAUGCUCGUUGUUUAAUAAGCUAACACACAUAUGGCCCAGCUCUCUGCUUGAACUCUUUAAUCUUUCUGAUAAACAGGUUGUAUUUUUACCAGCUUUACUCUGAAAUCGGUGCAGUUUGGGGAGCGCAGUGUGCACAUUAACAGCCUUCAUUAGACGUGAAAUAAGAAGCAUAUUUUUGCAGCAGRUUGUUUUUCUGACAGAAGCUGAUUCAUGUCGCAGCAGCCUGAUAUAAAAGGCUGAUUUCUGCUUCUCUCUGGGGAGCGGACUGUAAAUACUAAUGUUAGCAAAUCCACUGAACGUGAUGUCUGUUUGUAAACGGGUCCUGGUGCUUCUUCAGCUUUUAACUCUGCUAAAUCAGAAUUAGCAUCAUGUUGUUAAAGUCUUGUGUUAGUCUUUUGUGUUUGUCACGUGUAUAAAUUAAUGAGAUGCUUCUGUUGCCUGUUUGUGUAACUUCAGCUCCUUGAAAAAUAAUAAAAAUGUUCUCCUCCUG